ACAGACUGACUAGCGACCGAAGCUCUGAGCACCUGGAAAGGAAUAAGUGGGACAGGGCAUGGCAUCUACCAUCUCUACCAUCAGCCUCGUCUCCGAGAGGCACUUCCUGUGCCCGCUGUGUAAGGACAUCUUCAGCAGUCCCGUGACUACUCCGUGUGGCCACAGUUUCUGUCAGGACUGCCUGUGUGGGUACUGGACCCGGCACCGUUCAGACUACUGUCCCCUCUGCAAGAGGUUGUUCCAUUCCAGGCCAGACCUUAGUGUCAACCGCAUCCUGGCUGACGUCUGUGACAACUACAGGAAGACACGGCCUGAGAGCCCUGAGGAGAGCCACGACACGCUGCAGGUUGUAGACAUUGACCAGAUGAUCCAGGAGCGAUUGAAGAAAGUCGACAGACUCAGACACUCCCUGCAGCUCCUCAAAAACUCGUGUGUGAGGGAGGUGCGUGAGAGCCAGAAGGUGUUCUCUGCCCUUGUCAGUUCCAUGGAGAAGAGCCACAAGGCCGUGGUGGCAGCCAUUGAGGAGAGACAGGGGGAGCAGGAGAGGAUUGUUGAGAAGCUGGUGAAGGAGCUGGAACAGGAGAUUCUACAGCUGAGGAAUGGAGACACUGACCUGGGGCCUUGUCAUUCUCAGCAGAGCCAUGAUGAGCUCUGUGGUGGUCAGAAGAGUGUUGCAGUGAGCACCACUUCCACCAUGGGCUACUCUGAGAGGAGGGACUGGUCCAAGGUUUCCAUGGAGACGGACCCCUGUAUGGGCGUGACCAGGAGAGCAGUGUCAGACCUGAUGUACGUGCUUAAAGGAGAGCUCUGUAGACUCUCUAAAGCUGAGCUGAAGAAAAUACAGAAAUACACAGUAGACAUCUCCCUGAGUCCCAAGACGGCCCACGCCUUCCUCUCGGUCUCAGACGACCGGAAACAGGUGCGACACACAGACAAACGCCAGGAGGUCCCAGACAACCCCAAGAGGUUUGACCGCGUGGCCAACGUCCUGGGAAGAGAGUCCUUCAGCAGCGGCAGGUACUACUGGGAGGUGGAGGUGGGAGAGAAGAUAGAGUGGAACCUGGGCGUGGCCAGACAGUCCAUCAACAGGAAGGGGAAGUUUACAGUCAGCCCAGCCAAUGGCUUCUGGACACUGAGCCUAAAGAGCGGGGGUCAAUACGUAGCUAACACCUCCCCCACUGUCACCCCCGUGGGCCUGGAGCAGAAGCCCAGGAAGGUGGGGGUGUUUCUGGACUACGUGGAGGGCCGAGUGUCCUUCUACUGCGCGGAGACUGGGGUUCACAUCCAUACGUUUACAGAUGGCUUCACUGAUAGACUACAUCCACUCUUUAGUCCUGGCAGGCAACAUGGGGGCAGGAAUAUCGCUCCUCUGACUAUUAGUACUAGCUUCUGUAGCAUCUGAGCCCCCUGACUUAACCCCCACGCCUGAAAUAGUCAUUUAAUGAUGUCAUUAGGUAGCCUAGUGUAGAAUAAGGCUCACUCGGUCCUCUCUCACGUCUGCAUUUUCAGUUGGAUAAAUCGACUUCUUUCCUAAUAUUGAGUUUAUGCAGUGUCUGUGUUAUCAGGCAAUGAGCUGGGUAAUCAAUAGUAAUGCUAUCAUUUAUUUUAAUUAUAAUUUAUGACAGUAUAUAUGAACCCUCAAAUGUAUUUUUUUUUACAAAGUGUUGACUUUAAAAGAAAUUCUGUGCAUCAUUAAAACAUCUGUAAAUUAUUCACAUACAUUCUAGUUCUAGAAUGACUGAGUCAUUUCAUAAACCGUGCCGCAGGCCCUAACUAUUUGUUUGAUAACAA